GAGAUGCAGUUCAGAAGCCUUACUCCGCUCGUUCAUACAUCGAAAAAGGGCCUCCUCCGCCAAGGGAUAGAUAUAGAAAUACGCGAAGGGUUGUAGGUGACAAAGUGUGCUUCGCGCGCAUCCUUAACUUCGGAGAUUCGGACUAUAACGUCUUUCGAGAAGGAAAAGAUGAAGAUGAUACUGGGGUUAUUACUAGUCUGUGCUGUGGGUUGGACUCUUGCCAAUCCUUUGGAGAAGCUUGACAAAAUCAGCGUCCUCGAGCAGCAGUCCGUGACGUUGACCGAUCGUGCGAAAUACGAGGAGGAACUUCUACGCAAACUCAAUUCCAAAUGCUCUCAAAAUGACAUCAACAGUUGUGUGAUGUUGAAAUUGGUCACCUACAUGAACAAACUUUUGAAAAAGGCUUCCAUUGAACUCACUGAUGACAUCGAAAUUAGAAAAACCAGCCAAGCAACGGAGGAGGUCAUUACAUUCGAAGCUGGAAGGAGCAAGGACGACGAGACCGAAAUUUUAGAUCUUGUAGCCAACAAAUUCUACGCUUUUGUUAAAUCUCGUAGCAUCAAGUGGAGAAUUCUUCCCGAAGAGGAUGUUGUUGUUUCUGCUUCCGAGGACGAAACCGGAUCAUUCAACUUGGGACUUUCCAUUGAACGCGCUGAUGAUGCUGUUCAAGAUGGGCGUGGUAAAAAAAACAACAUGGGCCCACUUCUGGCAGCGGCAGUCCUGAAAAUCGGUCUCAUUGGAGGUCUGGCCUUCAAGGGUCUGGCUCUGCUAGUUGGAAAGGCUCUUCUGCUCUCCAAAAUUGCGCUCCUCUUAGCUGGUAUCAUCGGUCUUAAGAAGCUCUUCUCUCAACAAAAGCACGUAACCUACGAAGUUGUCGCUCAUCCACACCACAGUGCCAGUCACAGCUUCAGCGAGGGCCAUGGACAUGGCGGUGACAGUUAUUCCAGUGGAUGGGCAAGAACUUUCCACAAUCAACCACCUUUGGCUGGAGUUCCUGAUGCCCAGGAGUUAGCCUAUUCUGCUCAUCCAAAAUGAGCCAAUAGCCGCCAACCUUUGACCCUGGUCUCAGGUAGUCAUACUACCUACCAAAACUGACUUCCGGGAUCUCGUUUUGGCCUUGCCAAAUUUCUCACGUGCAUAAUCUUGCCGUUUAAUUUAUGUCGUAACUUAAAAAUCUUUCCCUAGAUAUCACCUCAUCAAUCCCCAAAGCCAUCUUCAUAUGUACGUUCUUAAUCGUCAGGAGACUCGACGAUUGAGAACCGGAUAUUAUAUCGUUUAUUUAUUUAUCAUCAAGGAAUGGACCCGGACUGGUACGAACUAGACUCUGACUCCCACCAGUAGAGAAAAUUGACCUGUAUUACAGACGAAGAUUACGGAGGUGUUUUUUAGAAUGGUGAUCAUCACGGUGCGUUUCUGCGAUAUGCAUGCACGCACUACUCACCUACUUUCUCAUGAGCGAGAUAGUCAUGGAACUAACUGCCUUAAUACCAGACAGAACUGAUCAAGGUUACGACUAGGAACCGAAGUGUGACUGAAGACUUGUAGUCGAGACUGAGAUAAUGAAUCGAGACGCAACAAGACAAAAACUAGACUAAGUUGACAAAAGACUAUCUGACAAGAUUACCAGUGACCAUAUCAACAGAAGACGACAGAACUUAGGACCCAAUUGACCUAGACAUGCUGUAGAAAUGAAUUAGCUAAUAAGUCGCGCCACGACAUUCGCGUAACAUCCCCUCAUCGAAUUAAUUAAGUAAUCAAUUUAUUUCAACUCUCCAACGAGAGUGAAGAUUGUAUCAUAACUUUCUUUGUCCAUUGUGAAAAUAAAUAUUUAUUAUUUU